CGUUGCCAUGGAGACCCAGCGGCCAAAGCCCGCCGGUGGCAGCGUCCUGGGCCUGGCCGCGUCUUGCGGGUUUUGCGUGGACGAUGUUGAGCCACACAGAGCUUCCGCGGAAGAGCGUGGACUUGACGGAGAUACGGUCCGGGGGCCUGGGCCGCUGCAGGCGCUUCUUUUGGCUGGGCGUCGCCUUCGACGCGGUGGGUGUAGCAGUGCUGUUCACUGGCGUGUUCGCGAACCUGCUGUUCUACGACAUGCUGCUCUAUCUGGGUUCCAUCAUUAUCUUCGUCAGCCUCCUGUGGUGGAUCUUCUGGUACACUGGCAACAUCGAGGCGCUCCCGGAAGACCCCUCAAGGAGCACUUCGCCUCGCGCGGGCGAGGUCGGGAUGCACCGCAGCGGCAGCCUUCGCUUUUCGCUGGCCCUCAGGAGUGUCUCCAACACUUUCCGGCGGAUCCACAGGCGGCGGCGGCGGCCGCGGCUCCUCCCGAGGGUCCUCCAAACGAUCCAAAGCCUCAGCUCGACCGACCCAGGCCAGCUGGAAGGGAAAUGCGAUGCCGGGAGCAAAGAUGGCAGAACUUCGUUACGUCUGGCAAAGCCUGUGUCCGUUCUGAACCAGCUACAGCUUUGCUCAGUCCAGGCCUCUAGGAGCCUGCCUUUAGUCCCGUUGCCUGCUCCUCUCUCGAUUUGUACUUCUAGGAGCCAGCCUGUCUUUUCAGUGACCUCACAGGGCUACUCUUCUGGCAGCCACUCCCAGAUGACUCUGUCCUCUGACAGUCGUGCGCCUGUGGAUCUUGACCCCCAGAGGCGCUCUAAGAUCAGUGUGGCUUCUCAGAUCUACCCUCUGCAACGGGCAGACAGUCAGAGCCACCUCCUGGUGCCUGUACCCUCUGACAGUUUCCCUAUGGUGCCCACGAUCUCUCAGAGCCAAAUUCAGGACUCUGUGUCCUCUGACAGUCGUGCGCCUGUGGAUCUUGACCCCCAGAGGCGCUCUAAGAUCAGUGUGGCUUCUCGGAUCUACCCUGUGCAACGGGCAGACAGUCAGAGCCACCUCCUGGUGCCUGUACCCUCUGACAGUUUCCCUAUGGUGCCCACGAUCUCUCAGAGCCAAAUCCAGGACCCUGUGUCCUCUGACAGUCGUGUGCCUGUGAAUCUUGACCCUCAGAGGAGCUCUAAGAUCAGUGUGACUUCUCAGAUCUACCCUCUGCAACGGGCAGACAGUCAGAGCCACCUCCUGGUGCCUGUACCCUCUGACAGUUUCCCUGUGAUGCCCAUGAUCUCUCAGAGCCAAAUCCAAGGCUCUCUAGCCCAAGAAAGCCAGCUCCAGAAUUUUCCACCUGCCUCUCAAACUCAACCUGAGACGGUUAAAGCUACCAAGAGCCAUAAUUUGGCCACGGAGGUCCCUGUAGUAACACCUGGGAUUGCCCAGACUUCUCAAAGUUGUUCUCCAGGUGUCCAGGAGGUUCCUAAGAACUCAAGUGCUAAAGCUUUGGAGACUCUUCCAGCAACCAGCCAUAAAAUAGCUCUGGACCAGCCUGACCCCUCAGUGCCUGUCUCUGAGGUCGCACAUACAGACAGGCAGUGUGACCCCACUGACAACCUUCCAGCCUCCAGGGGAGUGAGGGAAAGUCACUCUUUCUAAUAGGAAUCAGACCCUUGCAUGUCUACUAAGGUCUUUGCCAAAACGUAACAGUGUUUCUACAUACUUCACUGCCAACUUGGUAAAAGCACAAGUUCUUACCUUGUUUGAGAAACUUCUCUCUGGA